AUGAUCAGAGACUGCGGAUAUACUACAGUAGAUGAUCAGAGACUGCAGACAUACUAUAGGAGAUGGCCAGAGACUGCAGAUAUACUACAGGAGAUGGCCAGAGACUGUGGAUGUACUACAGGGAUGACCAGAGACUGCAGAUGUACUACAGGAGAUGACCAGAGACUACAGACAUAUUGCAGGAUAUGACCAGAGACUGCAGACAUAUUACAGGAGAUGACCAAAGACUGCGGACAUAGUACAGGAGAUGACCAGAGACUGCGGACAUACUACAGGAGAUAACUAGAGA